AUGAAAGCCAAAGUCCCAAAAGACUUCAAAGCUACUGACAUGACUCCGUACGAUGGCACAUCAGAUCCAAGCCAUCACCUCAGCAUUUUCAGAAGUAGAAUGUAUCUCACCGACGCCUCGGAUGCUAUUCGUUGCAAAGCCUUCCCAACUACCUUAACAAAGACAGCAAUUAAGUGGUUCAACACCUUGCCUCCCAGAUCCAUCACAAGUUUUGAUGAUUUAGCCAAAAAGUUUCUUGCUAGAUUCUCCAUUCAGAAGGACAAAGCCAAACACGCUCUGAGCCUAUUAGGAAUCAAGCAAGGAGAUCGGGAGAGUCUUCGUAGCUACAUGGAGAGGUUCAACAAAGUAUGCCUGGACAUACAAAGCCUACCAACGGAAGCCGCCAUUAUGGGUCUCAUCAAUGGCCUGUGA